CUCUCAGGCUUACAAUUUUAGCCAAAUGAAAUGUAGUGAAAGGAAAAUUGUGACGUGCACAUAGCCCACAUCUCGCUCCACCCCUCCUCUAAAUAUGUCCUCUUUCAUAUAAACGUUUUUUAAAUAUUUAUACGGGAGUGAUUGGCCUAGAAAUAAAAACACCCUUGAUUCGUGUUUUUGUGAUUUGAAAAUUAAUUGAGUUUUAUUAGAUUUGCUUCUGGUACAAUACAAUAACGUGUUGGAAGACAUAGUUAUGUAGACACGGAGCACGAUUACUAAUUUCGAUUUUCCAGGUUACAAUUAAAUAUUGAAAGUUAAAAUACUUCUAAAGUGAUAUCAUGAAUAAUCCAUAUCGUGCCAGAUCAGGUAAACUGCGAGCAGAUCAUACUGCUUCGGUUGGAGUGUCAAAAUAUGGUUUACAAAAUCAAAACUCUUGGCCUGCUAUGCCCCCCAAUAUGCAACCAAUCAAUCCAUAUCCAUCUCAAUCAGCCGUAAAUCAAACAAAUAAUGCUGGCGAUCCCUGGGAUUGGGGUUCUGAAAAUAUUGACAAUGGUAACGACGCUUGGAAUUGGAGUAUUGAUCAGUCAGCUGAGACACAAUCUCAACUACUUCAGCAACAACCACAACAACAACAAUUGAUUUCUACUUAUCCGAAUUUGAGGCCAAAUCAACAGAAUUCAACUCAUGAUAAUUUUUAUACUAAUAUUAAUGGCAAUAACCAAACUAUUCCUCUAACUCCAAAUCAAUUAUCAGGUAGAAAUACACCACGAACUGGUCCAAGUAAGGAAUCAACUCCAAGCCAACCUGAUUCAUUCAAUCAGUAUUCGAAUUAUAAUUUAAAUCAACAACCACCAAGAACUGAUUCUGUCAAAAGUUGUUCGAUUACAAAUGAAAAUCAAAAUCUUCAACACAUAAAUUGUUAUUUCCCCCCAGUUUCAUCGCCAUUUGAUUUAACUAAUCAAACUGUUAGUACCCAAAAAUUUUCUUUAAAUAAUAACAAUUCAAAUAGUGCCAACCAGUCAAAUAUUCCAGCACAAAAUUGGCAAAUUCCAACACCGAAUACUUCGACUUAUUGGACAGAUCCUAAUUCUAAAAAGGAAAAUGUUUCUAUGAUUGAUACUCAAUGGGCACAAGUACAACAUCAACCAUCCCAAUUCUAUAAACAGCAACAAUUAAAUCACCAGUCACCGCCUCAGUUAACUGAAUUAUUACAACACCAACUAUUAAACCAACAUCCACAACAGCAGCAAUCAUCAGUAAAACAGCCAUCGCAUCAGCAGCAAUUAAAACGAAUAUCUCCUCCACCGCAGUUGCAUCAACUACAUAUAAAAUCAUCACAGAUUUCAAAUGUACCACAAAACUGCCAUGGAAAUCUUGAAACUAAUCAAUUAAAAGAGCCAAGUCAAGAAAUCGUUUUAUCAAAUAAACGAUAUGAAGGCAAUCAUGGAAAUGAAAUUGUUGAUCAGCGAAGUCAACAAAAUAAUUAUUCUCAGUUAGAGAAUUCUAAUAUUAGUUCGAAUCAAUUACGGCAACAUGCAUCCCUUUAUCCAACUCAUACGUGGCAAGAAAAAAAUUCUGAGUUAAACAAUAAAUUGAAAGACGUCAGUUUAGACAGUUUUUCUGAAGAAAAUAAACAUCUUCAAAAAGAUUGGCAAUCGAUUGGAUCUUCAUCAAUCAAUUUGGCUUCUUCAACUGGGGAAAUAGUAACUGCAGACAAAAAGUUAGAAGACUCACUACUUGAAGAGCAGAUUUCGGUAUUUUCUGAAUCGGAAAAUCACUCUGAUAAAUCUACACUCAUACCUGAGAUUAAAAGUAAUCUUAUGGAAUUGCAGCGUUCAGAAAAUAGAUCAAGCGACAUUGAACUUUUUAACGUUAAAGAAAAUACUAAUUCUAGCUGGAAUGCAGAAAAAGAUACGAAUUCAUUGAGUGAUUUAACUACAGGCGUAAAUCAAUUGAAUUUAGCUAGAAAACCUCACAACCUAUUUGAUGAUUUAAAAUCAUCAUUUCCACCACAAUCGUCUUCUCAAAUAAUAGAUCCGUGGCCUUCUCAAUCUACUAUAUCUCAUCCAAUUAUUCAUAAACCUCAAGAAAAAUUGACUGUUUCAAAUCAAUGUGUUGCUCAAUCUACAAUAAAUUCACAAGAACAUAUAACAACCACACCAUUUUCUGCUGCUCAAGAAUCUAAAAUUAAUCUUUCACAAGAGCAUACAAGUUUAACUCAGAUUGGUGUUCAACCACAUCUUCGUCAACAAGAAUAUUCUAAUAUUUAUAAUUGUCCUCUGGUACCAUCUUCUCUUCAUUCUCAUGAGUUUUCUACUCACAUUUCUAGUUCCAUAGUACAUCCGAAUGUCCAACAGUCACAUUCAUCGCAUUUUGAAUCUAUAGAAACUGUUUCCUUACAACCAAAUCCCAAAACUUCAGCUGAAAAUUUUCAUGCAUCUCUUGAAUCAAAAUCUAAUGAAGAGUCUAUGUCAUCAUCGAACUCCAUAGAAAUUUCUAACUCACAAGCAACUGAGGUUAUUUCUUCAACGAGUUAUGAUACUUGGUACAAUAAAACAACUACGCAUACUGCUGAUUUUAUUAAUGUUGAUACAUCAUCAUCCAAUUCUCAUGAUCAGAUUCCUGUUACUGAAUCAUCUAUAGAAGAUACUAAAGUUCCUACACCAUCUAAAGAAAUUUAUGAACCACUGCAACAAUCUCUCCAAUCUGACAUACAUUCUGAAAAUUAUGAGUUCGCUUCUAAUGAUAGAAAUACAUUUCUUGAAACUGGAGAGUUAACAGACUCUCAUCAUGAUCAAGAGUCUAUUAUAUUUCAGGAUGAUGAAAAUGAUGAAGUUCCAAGCGAUAUUCCGUUCAUACGAGAAGUGCCUGGACAAUCUAGUUCAAUAGAUCCUCGAAGAAAUCCGACUGGUCAAGAAGAAUAUUUACAAUUACAAUCUAAUUCUCGUUUAGUAGAUCCACGAAGAAACGACCUUUCUACUCAAAUUCAAGGAUUUAAUAUCAGAAAAUUGCCUUUAGAACGUUCUGAACGUCGAGAUGUUCCAUCAGGUCAAGAAAGACAAGGCAGUGGACUAUCUCCUCAAGAUACUGAAUCUUUAGAACGUAGAAAUGAUCCCUCUGGUAGAGAACAAUCUCUUCCACCUUCACAAUCAAGAAAUGACCCUUCCGGGGAAGAAAGAGCUAUUAAUGAUUCUCAAAUUAUUUUAGAACCAACAGAAAUAAGAGAAAUCCCUGGAAGUAGAGUUGAUUCUACUGAACUAACUUCUACUGUUGAUGAAAUACGACAAAUAACUGGUGGAAUUUCAACACUUGAACCACUAACUGUUUCAGACAAUAAUGCAAGAGUAGUACCUGGAUCUCAGGAAACAUUAGUUUCUGCAAAACAAGAUAUAUCAAAUGAAACAAGAAAUAAACGAGAAGAAGCUGUCGGUGCUCCAAUAAGAGAAGAUGUAACUUUAGUGUCAAGUUCUCCUAAACGUAGAGACUCUUAUGAAGAUGGAGAUGACGAAGAAUCUGGGAAUAGUCGUGAUGAUAAUCGAGAUAGACGUAGGGAUCAAAGCCCUACUGAUAGACGUCGAUUUGAUUACGAUAGAAAAGGAGAUAGAAACUAUUAUGAUCGUGAUCGUAAAUACGAUGAUGAUUAUUAUUACGAACGACGACGGGGUCAUGAUUAUGAUCGAUCAUACACUUCAAGAGAGGAUUUGGACCGACGUGAAACAUCAUUUAGAGAUGGAGAUAGAAGAUUGCCUAAUAGGGAUGAUUUAGAUGAUCGAAGAAGAAUAAAAGAUGAUGAUGAAAGGGAUGGAAGAAGGAGAGAAGAUCGAAGAGGACAUUGGAAUGAUUCUAGAUCUCGUGAACAUAGAGAUUAUGAUGCUAGAUUUUCAAGAGAUGUUCGAGACAGAGAACAUUUAGAUCGUGAUCGUAGACGAGACGGCAGGCGACGUUGGUAUGAUGAAUACGAUCCUCGAGAUCUUCGUCGUGAUUAUUUUGAUGAUCCUUACACCAAAGGUUCAAGACCUUCAAGCAGAUCAUCUUACAACGAUCGAGAUAGAGAUUAUUACAUGAGAGUUAGAGAUCCUUAUUAUGGAUAUAAUCCAGAUGUUUAUGGUUCUUAUGAUUAUGGGGCUAAUUACUAUGCGUAUUUAGAGAAUUUGCGGCGAACUAAUCCUACUGCUUACAUGGAAUGGUAUAAUAAAUAUUACGCUGCUCAACAACAACAUCCUGUAGUACGGGGAGUUUCGACUUAUCCUGAAGAUCGGGCUAGCGUUCAUUCUGGACGAAGCUCCUGCGAAGACAGGACAACAAGUGGAAAACAAACAAUAGGAGACAUAUCUCUUUUAGAAGACGCAAAAGCAGUCUCCCGAUUAACUCCAACAAAAUUUUCUACAUCUCAUGUUCAGGGAUCUUUUUCAAUUGGUUCAUUAGUACACGUUCAUCCCAGUUAUCCUGCAGAAGGUGAACGAGCUAGAGUAGAUAUUGUGCGACUGGAUAGUCUUCUUAUGCAUGAUCCUAUUGCAAGAGAAUUGCGGGCGUAUCCAGGACCAUUAAUCAAGGGUGUAACACAUAAGAAAACGAUUAUUGAAUAUUGUGAAGCGAAAAUUAAAAAAGCUUCAACAAACGAUGACCUCAUUGAUCGUGCAUCGUAUAUUCUAUUGUAUCAGUUAAUGAUCAUGCUUAUUCAACAGAAUGGAAAUGUUGUAGGAGUAGAUAUUGCUACUCUAUUACUUCAAAAUAAGGAAGCUUAUCCUCAUGAAGUCAAUGGAAAUAAAAAUGAAUCUAUGAGACGUGAAUCAACAAUAUCUCAAAGAUCUGGGGGAAAAGAAGGUUCAGUUCAUGAAGAUGCUCCUCAGGAGAUUGAAAAUACAAAACAACAAAAAACAAUUGAACAAAUGACAAAUGAAUUUAGAAACACUUUAAUUUAUGGUUUAGUUCAAGAGGCGCUUGAAUAUGCAAUGAAUGAAGGUCUUUGGGGUCAUGCAUUAUUCCUUGCUAGUAAAUUAGAUAAAAGAACGCAUGCAUCAGUUAUGACACGAUUCGCCAACAGUUUACCUGCUCAAGAUCCUCUUCAAACUUUGUAUCAACUUCAUUCGGGUCGCGUACCGGCAAGUGUAACUUGUGUAUCGGAUCCCAAAUGGGAUGAUUGGCGUCCACAUUUAGCAAUGAUUAUUUCUAACACCUCAGCAAAUCCUGAAAUUAAUCGUCGAGCAAUCACGACCCUUGGAGAUACAUUGGUUGCUCGGGGCGAUAUUUAUGCAGCUCACUUCUGUUACAUUCUUGCUCAAAUUGAAUUUGGAACUUAUGGAUCUUCAGGAGUUAAACUUGUCUUGAUUGGUGCUAAUCAUCAUAAGCUUUAUAGAGAUUUCGCAACUUUUGAAGCAAUUAUGUUAACAGAAAUUUAUGAAUAUGCUAGAAAUCUUAGUGAAUCAGAAUUUACAUUAGUAGGAUUACAAAUUUUCAAACUAGAAACUGCUCAACGAAUGGUAGAUUAUGGACUGAUUGAGAAAGCACUAUUGUAUCUUGAACAAAUUGCUGUAAAUAUUGUAAAGGAACCACCAAAGUACAAACAGUCGUUUGUUAAUGAUGUCUAUACCUUGAGUGAACGAAUUAAAUUUCACGAUCCUGUUUUCAAAGAUUGUAUAGAGGAUGAAACAACUUUAGCUUGGUUGUACAAUUUAAAAGAGAUUGUUCACCGAUGUCAAGCAGGUGAUAUUAUUCAAAAUGUUAAUAAUACAUGCGUAAAUUCACAAAAUAAUUUACCAGACACAUCUCAACGUGAAAUUCAGCCACCAUCGCAAAUUCAACAGCAACAACAACCACAGCAACAGCAAUGGAAUUAUACAGCAACCCAAGACUAUGGGAAUGCACCAAGUUCUAUGAUGGAAAUUCCAACAAUAGAUCCAUCUCAGGAUCAAUGGCAACCAAUGUCACUUCAAACGACAAUCCAAGAUACAUACAGUAAUGAUCAAAAUACUCAAUAUACACAGAAUAUUAAUGUUAAUCAAUAUCAUCAACAACAACCACAAGAUUAUUGGGGUCAACAAGUGUAUAAUCAACAAGAUUAUGCUAAAGAUUAUUCUACUAGUGAUUGGCAACAACAACAAUCAAAUCAAGUUUAUCCUCAAGAACAAAAUGAUGUCGACUCUGCUCAACAAUCAGGAGGAUGGAACUACGAGUCGGAAAAGGAAGAAAAGCUAGUAACACCUGAACCAAAGCCACAAAUUUCUAUGGGAUCAUCUACGGGCAAACAGUACGACCCUUUAGAAGAAUUAGAUGCUUUGGAGUCACCGUCUGAAGUAUCUAAAUCUACUAUUGAAACAAAAAAACCUCAAGACAAACAACCAGAAAAGAAAGCGUCGAAUUCAGGAGGAUCAUGGUUUGGCGGACUUUUUAGCAAAUUAACACCAAAACCGAGGAAUCAGAUGAUUUUGCCAGAUGAUGAUAAUCCUACAAUUAUUUGGGAUCCGAUAGCAAAAAAAUGGGUAAAUAAAGAUGAUGAUGGAGAUAGUGCAUCAUUACGUUUAGCACCACCACCAAAAAUGUCAGAGCUUAAUUUGAAAACUUCGAUAACAACUGAACAAAAUCUGUCAACACAAGAAUCGACAGUACGACCUCCCAGUACAGAUUCAAAAACUCCUAAUUCUUCAAAAAUGAUUGCCGGUAGCAGCAAUAUGUUUAAAUUACAAAAAGGAAGAAAUAUGAGAGCUAAUUACAUUGAUGUCAUGAAUCCUGGUGGAGUAAAAAGUAAUGGACCUCCGUCAGCUAUUCCGACACCUGCAGCGUCGCCAUUAAUGCAACCCAUGGCUGCAUCUUCACCACAAUUAUUUGUUCCUGCACCAGUAAACGAUCCUAAUGCUCCAGUAGAUUUUUUAACUACUUUACAAACAACAAGACCUUCAGGUGAUACGACGACGUCUCAAGGACUCUCUCGGUGGAGCUCAGCUAGUUCACUAUCACGCGAGGUACAGAGCUACACCAUGAGGGAUCCGCGUCUUCAUCAACGGAUCAAGGGACCAAUGAUGUACAAUCCAGCAGAAGUGAAAGAAAAUCCCAUGAAAAACGUAACAAAAAGCAGAUAUCCACCGCGAUAAAAUAAUAAAUAAAGGAAAAAUGUAUACAACUAUGAAAGAUUUUUAAAGUAUCAGUAUGAAAUAGAUAAAAUUUGAAUGAUAAUAAUAAUUUUUAAUAAGUAAGAAGAAUCAAUUAAAAAAUUUUUAAGAAUUCCAAUGAAAUUCAUCUUACCUUUGUUUUGAAUCAAUUUUUUGCCAACAAUAAUUGCAAAGCUUCAAUAGCAGUUUUUUUACAACGUUAUUAUAAAUAAUCCAAUUUUCUAUUUACAAGAAUCAUCGGUAAAAUUAUAAAUGCAUACAUCUAAAUAAAAUUUGGAUAUUAAUCUUCAGUACAUGAUAUAAUUAGUAUAGAAAACAGAUGAUUUAUAAAUUAGUGAGAAUUAUCGUAAUUUAUUGUUAUAAAUUGGAGUCAAAACUUAAAUACAUUAUACGAAUAUCUUUAAAAAAGAAUUACUCUCAUCGAACUUAGUAAAAUAUUAGAUAAAAAGUUGGCUAUUCAUUGAAGUAGGCGAAAGUAUUAAAAUUUUUUUGUAAAAAUACAGAUAGAGAAUUUGAGAAAUUAAAAAUAUUUCUGUAAACGUAAAAAAUAAAAAAAAAAGUUGAAUAAUUUUGUCAGGAAAAACUUUUUAAAAAUUUUCGAAAAUAAGAGAUAGAUAAGUGUUUUGUGAAUAAAUUUUUAUUUGUUUACAAUAGUUGAAUUUACAUUCCAUCAUUGUGCUUAUUACGGAUAGUUGUGUAAAUAAACAUUUGUAUGGUUUGCAUUUUUUUCAUUAACAACUGACUUUCUUUAAUUCGACAUUAAAUUAUUUGUACAUAUCUUGAGUUUAGUAUUUAAAUUAUAUUUUGUAAUAUUAUUCGACUAUGUUUCACUGUGUUGUUUUUUUGGACAAUAUUUUUUCACUUGUUUUAACAUUUAUCUAUCUCUUGAACAAGAAAUAUUCAUAACAGGAUAAAUAUAAUCAUCAUAAUAAUAUUGUGCAAUGACAAAAGAUAAUAUUAAGAAUUGAAAUAGAGUAUUAACCGAGCUACAUGUUGUAUUCUUAGAGUAAUUUAUGUAAACAACGUGUUAUGGCUUAUGAAAGAUGUAAAAUAAUCUAUGUCCUAUUUCAUGAUUAAGCGUUAAUUGACGUUAUUAUGGGAAUAUCAAAUUGAAGAAUGAUGAUACUAUCUAUUGUAUAUUAUUAUAGUUACAACUAUUAUCACAUAUAAUAAAAUGUAUUACAAUAAAUAAUUUAUCAUGGCUA